CAGGGAAUGAGUGAGUGAGUUAAGAGCUAUUCUCUCAGUGCUGAGCGCUUGGAUUGGAGUCUACGAUCAUCCUGAUGAACAACUUAAACAAUCCUCCUCCGUGGAAUAUUGAUCCAGAGCGACCAGGAGCUGCUGAUGGAGGCAAAUGGAACCGUGCCCUACUAGCAAGUGGUGUACUGUUUGGCACAAUUCCUGCCUUUUACUGGCUAUGGAGGCAGAUCAAGGAAAAGCAGGGCAAGGAUGAGCAGAACGUGGCCGUCCUCACCAAAAAACUGAAGAUAAAGAACUUCCACCUGGAGCAGGAGCUCCAGAAGACCCGACAGCAAGCUCAGAGCUAUAAAGAAGCCCUGGUCAUCCAGACCCAGCAGCAUAAGGAGGAAUGCAAGCAGCUGCAGAAGGAGUGUGAAGAGCUGAAGCAAGAGAAGAAGCGCAUGGGGACGGCCCUGCAGAGGGCUGAGAAAGAGGGAGAGCAGUUUCAGCAGAGAGCCCAGGUUCUACUGCAGGAACUAAAGCCCAAGCUAAUGAGAAGACAGGAAAUCUUCCAUAGCCACCCAGUGCCCUUCUGUGGGCACCGACAAGACUUGGAGCAGAACCUGCUGGACCAAGUAGCCAAGGACCCCCUGAUGGAGGCAGAGCUGGGCCUGAAAGAGGGCCUUAUGGACAUCUUUCAUUAUGAUUAUCCCUGUGUAAACACGAAUAAGCUGAUGCAGCUCUAUCUCAGGUACUGGCAGCAGCAGGUCAGCCUGCAGAAGCACAAAAAGGUAGACGAGGUGCUGAAAGGGUUUCUGCCAAAUUUCAAGUGACCAUUAAAACAUAAAGGAGAUCAAAGGUGGAUAAAGCUGCCUAAAUAAUACUGCCUAAAAAUACUCAAAGAAAAGUAUUGUUGCUUCGUUUAAUUAAUGAUUUGAGUAGAAGUGAAAACAAUCUAGCAAAACAAUAACUUAGGGGCAAA